AUGUCGGCUACCGGAGAAGUUGAGAAUCUCGCCAAGGAACAUUCGCAGCCAGCGGUGAAACCUGUCAAAGAGAAGAAACCAAAGGAGAAAAAGCCUAAAGCUACAAAAAAUGCCUCGCAUCCUCCUUACUUUGAGAUGAUUAAGGAGGCUUUGGUGGCACUGAAUGAGAAGAGUGGAUCAAGUCCAUAUGCAAUUGCAAAGUACAUGGAAGAUAGGCACAAGGCAGUGCUUCCUUCGAAUUUUAGGAAGAUUUUGGGGCUCCAAUUGAAGAACUCUGCAGAAAAGGGAAAACUGAUAAAAAUCAAGGCUUCGUACAAGUUAAUUGAGGCUAAACCCAGUAAGAAGGAGGCUGCAAGGAAGCCGAAACAAUCUGCUGCGGUGAAGGCCAAGAAAACAGGUGUGAAGAAGGUUAAAGCUGUGAAAAAGGCGAGUCCAGCAAAGCCGAAGCAGCCCAAGAGUAUUAAGCCUAAGAGGGCAAAGAAGGGCGUUGCUUGA